GGUCUUAUCGUGUUUGCUUUACUGAAUUCAAUUUGGUUUUGGAAUUUCAAAGAAGAAGAAUGGGUAUCCCGUCCGAACUCAGGGAUCUGUGGGUCUCCAAAACAAAAACACCUUUCCUUAUUGCUUCUCCAGCUGAGGAGAGCAAGCUUUUGAGGUCUAAGCAAUGUACUAAUGAGGGUGUGCGUGCUGGAUUAAAAGCAGCUACCAUUGCAUGUGUUGCUAGCGCUGUGCCGACGUUGGCUGCAGUUCGCAUGAUUCCAUGGGCGAAGGCAAACCUCAAUUAUACUGCUCAGGCACUCAUCAUAUCUGCUGCAUCCAUUGCCUCAUACUUCAUUGUUGCUGAUAAAACUAUCUUGGAAUGUGCAAGAAAGAAUGCCCGGCUUCAAGACUCUCUGAGGCAUGAUAAUACAGGUGCAUCUUAGAAACUGUAGUACCCAUAGUUGGUCUAGUGCAUAAUGGUGCUGCUACUUGUAAUACAAUCAGCAGGGCUAGAGCAGAUGGUUUUGAAGGUGUAUAUACUUCAAUAAGAUAUUUUGCAUUGUGUGACAAUCAGUUGUAAUUGUGUCUCCCUACGGCUUCAGAAUUCCUAUGUCUAACCUAUGCAGGGGUGUAUUUGUUUUUUCUAGCAUGAGUUGCCAUUUCUAUUUGUCAACAUAAAAAAGAACAGUUGCAAACUUCCAUGAGCAGCAGUUUAACAUAAAGGUCUUGUUCUACUUGCA